AUGCUUCUGGCAGCUCCAUUGGCACUUUUCAGCACAGCUGUGGAUCUUAGUUUGUCGUGGCAGCUUGCAGAGCUGGACCUGCGCAGGGUCUCAGUCCGGGCUGGCGCUGCUCCCUGGGCAGGAUGCUUCUACAACUUCCCAUCGGGCGCCCAGUACGCGCACGACUGCGCGGGCGUGGUGACGGGUGGUAGCUGCAACGUCUCCUGCGCCCCGGGGUGGGAGGGAAGCAGCUCUGUGCUCACUUGCUCUGCCGAUGGUGGUCUUUUCGGCACGUUCCCUUCUUGCUCCUUCGUCGUGGUGACGCAGACCCAGACAAGCACCGCCACGUCCACCAUGACCAUGACCACCACCAACACGGAUAUACUUUUUGAGAUUCGUGUUGCUGUCAUGGGACGCUUCAUGGUGACUGUGAACAGCUCGCAGGAGUUCAUGUCUGACUUGGUCGUGCUGGGCGCCUUUGCCAACGUGCUCGCCACAGUGAUCCGCGUGGACCCCGCACGGCUGUCCGUGUCCUUCGAAGGGGCGAGGCGCUUGGAGGGCUUCUCGCUGGAGGGGCCCAGGGCGCGACGACUCGCUGAGCUCGUGCAGGUCACCUACCAGACUUGGAUCAUGGGACAGACACAGGAAGAGGCAGACAGUCUCGGCAUGAACAUCAGCAUGUCCAUGAACUCCACCAGCCUCAGCCAAUUCAGUGACCUGCUUCUGGCGCAGCUUGGGUCCCAGAAGGGCCUGUACUACGCCCUGGACAUCCAGUCGCACAACGUGGACAUCACGGUGGGAAGCCGAAUCCAGGAGGUCGUUGCGAAGGCGAAGAAUGAGACCGCCUGCCCCGUUGUGAGCCUGCCGGCCCUCUCAGGCGGCGGUCAGUUCGACUGUCAGGAGCCGCUCUUCGCUGGAGAGACCUGCAACACGACCUGCGACUCAGGGAUGAUGGUUUCGGUGGCUUGCCUGGCUGACGGGACGUGGCUGUUGGAAUCGGACUGCCCGCUGCAGUUUCACGACCCGGUUCAGGCGGGCGUCGACCCGUUCCUCAUCGUCGUGUUGGGCUCAGCCCUUGGCUUGUGCUGCCUCGUCGCGGUCUGCGGCCUCAUCCUCUGCACGCGGCGCAGCGACAAGACGGCUCCGGAUUCCGAACCCAAGGAGGAGGCGCCUCCUUUGCCUCAGCCUCUGCCCUCAAUUUUGGAGCUGCCGAAGCAGGAUGACUUCGACACGAGCUUCUGGAACUGGGCCGAGAGGCAGUCGGCGUUUGACAACAAGAGAUACCCAAGCCCUUCGCGGCUAAAGUCAAGGAAGUGA